AUGUCCGUCACUGUUGUCAAAGACGAGGGAGUGACUGUGGUCACUGUGACGUCUGACAGUAAGAGCAUGUUACCACCACUGUGCCAAAUCCUCAAGAGUCUUUGCUACAGUCCAGUGUGCUGCUCAGUGUACAAGGGGCUGAUGCAGACCAAUGCCAUUUCAGCUCUUGGGACUGUACAGAUCAUGGUGGGCCUGUUCAACAUUGGACUUGGGCCAGGACGGAUAAGCCGACAUCCUGAUGAUUUUAAUAAUUUGGGGACUGCUUACUGGCUGGGUGGUGUGUACAUCGCAGCUGGAAUUGUGUCGCUUCUUGCCGACCGGUUCCCCUCUCUUUGCUCGGUGGGCUUCGCUGUGUUUGUGAACAUAAUUGGAUCCAUUUUUGCCAUUGUUGGCAUUGUGCUGUAUGGCAUGGACCUGGGAGACAGAGAUGUCUACAGGAUGUGUAACUGGAGCAGUGGGUACAUGAGCAAUAUUUCCACUAAUAAUGACAACUGCAGAUACGUGGCUUACAUUUACCAGCGUUUGUUGACAGCCAUGGACAUUACUAUGAUCGUCCUGGCUGUUCUCCAGCUGUGUGUCUGCAUUAGCUUUGCUAUUCUGGGCAUCAAGGCUCUGCUCGGUAGGAAGAACCGCGAGGGCAGCAGAGAUGUUGAGAUUUACGAGCCAGUGUUGAAGGAAGUCCUCAUGACCGGUCCUGGAGCUUAAAAUUAGUUAAUCCAAACAUAAAGAUCUAUGAAUAAGCAACACAUUUUUUGUUUCCUUUAUCAGCUGAAAAUAAUCAAAACUGCUUUUAUUACAAAGACACUAUCAUUUUAUGCAAAAGAGAAAAAUAUAUCUGUAGUCUGGCACAAUGUGAUUGGGAAUGUUUAAUGUUUUUUAUUUCUGUCAUCUUCUGAAUGUUUUAAAGUAAACUUGCUUGAAUAAAAAGAGGAA